GAUUCGCAUUUUGAGGCAAACACCUAUGCGAUUUUGACGUGUGAUUUUACCUCAACCUUCACUCGUUUCCACGUUUUACACCGUGCGGUUGUCUUCGACUUUGUUCCCUACGCAGUUAGGGCGGGUUUUCAGUGAAUUACAAAGGAAAUAGGUUGGUUUUUUGUGAAAUUGAAAUGCGGUUUUAGCGAACGUGUGAGUGUCGUUUUGAUGGGAAUCGAAAUUAAGUCAAGUACUUGUCGAUAUCUUUUAUAGAUUCGCUUUUAGCUAUCGAACGAACCGCAGUAGUAAAGAAUUAAUUGUAUACCGUAACCUCCCUAAUUGACGUAUAAAUUACAGUUGUUAACGAAAAUGACCGAAAAUCCGCCAAAGAAUGGAACAAUAGAGUAUGCUGCUCGUGUUGAUGAAAGGGUAAUUUACCCUCGGAACAAGCUGAACGGUUCCAGACCUUCAGUGGUCGGCGGCCAGCCCAUCACCGAAGAGUUGGCUAUGGAGCUCCGAGUGACAGCGUUCGGCUCAUCCUCCUGCGCGCCGCGCGGCGAGUGGGUGCGCACGCCGCUCACCAUGCGCGCACCCGGCCAGCCCAUGGCGUACGGACUCGCCGCGCCCAGGAAUGGGGCCAGGUCACUGCUGUCGGCCCUGCAGGCGCACAUCAUCAAGUGGCUCCUGUUCGACUCACGCCCGCUCACCAAAGACAACAAGUCUGUGGAGCCACCGGAUACCUACCUCCGCCCAUCAGAAGAGCGUCAAGAAGAAGCCCUGUGGCGCGCCUGCAGCGAGGUGAUCUGGCGCUGCGGCGGCGGCGGCCCCGCCGGCGGGGAGCCGCGCGCCGUGGUGGCGCUGCCGAGUGAUAACGUGUACGUGCAGCACUCCUCGGUCUACUACCAGGAUGGGGUCACUGAGAAGCUGCAUUUAUUUGAAUUCAAGAAUCUGGAGGACCUUCAGAUCUUCAUCAAGCGGUACUUGUACUUGUUCAUGACUGAGGAAGGAUCCGGGGCACUUCUCCUGCUGUACUCUGCCAUACUUUCCAGAGGAUGUGAGAAUAUAAAGAAGGACCUGGACGGCAAGCUAAACUACCUCCUCUCGGCCAACGUGGAGGGGUCUCUGAACGUGGUGACGCUGCUGCUGACGGGCCGCGCCACGCCAUACCUGCACAACGGCGUGGUGUAUGUGGGCGACGAGGACCACUAUGCUAUGCCACAAUUCGGCGUGCUAGCCCGCAGUCCGGUCGGCCUGCUGGUGUGGUACGGAGGCGAGGAUGGAGUCAAGAACAAUGCCAACAGACAACACCCGGGCUCUAGGCUGAAGACCCCUGCUAUGCCGGUUUGGGUGACCUGUUGCUCUGGACAUUUUGGAGUCUUAUUCAAUACAAACAGGGAGCUUCUGAGGAAUUAUCACGCUGAAAGAAGGUUCGACAUCCAGUACUACACGUGCGGCGGUUGCCACGUCAUGCUCAACGUGGACACUCGCGCGCAGGACGAGCCUAGCGCCGGCCGCAGCGACGACAUCAGCGCUACACCGCUCGAGAAACUCAUCCAUACUAAAUGGCAAGAUGCAAAAAUUACUUGGACUGGCCCUACCCCUUACGUCGGCGAAACACCAAAAUAAAUAGGAAUUUUAAUUUAUUUCACCAUAUUACUGUAGGAACUAACUGUGUAGAGGUACUUUCAAUAGGAAACCAUAUUCUUAGAUUAAACAAAGUAAUUCAAUUGAGGAUGCUUUUUAACAUUAUCGAUUAAUUUAUUUUUGUAAGUAGUGCAAGUAAAAGAUGCAUUAUUAAACAUGUAAUCUUUGAGGU